AAUUUCUCGAACAGGGCUGGAAGUUGGCCCGAAAUUUGAGGCUGCGAAUGGACUCUAAGGAGGAUGUACGCGAGGAAUCCGUUGAGAAGUCGACGGACUCAUUGCAGCACGGGAGCCCUGUGUACAGGAACCAAAAAUCAAGGCUGGUCAAGCAGCGACCGAUCGACACGGUCCUGAAGAUAACAAACAACUCGGCCGCCAGGGACAGGCCCCAAACCAUGGACGAGGAACGACAGGGACACGCAGCCUACAACUACUGUCACCUGAAAAGCACACGACGGUGGAUGGAGGCUUGUCUUCAGGAGGAGCUCCCCGAGACGAUCGAUAUGGAAUGA